AUGUUCUUUUUUUUCAUGGUUUGCAUUCGCCGCCACAAGAAUUUGCAAUGGUUUUCGAUCAAUCUACUAACUACUUAUCUCUCGUUUGACGGCAGAAUUAAGUUCAAGUCAAGUACUGUGGUCCGUGAUGAAAUGCAUGUGAUGUCACGAAAUUAUUUAAAUAUGUUUCUAUACCAGCAACCGGGUUUUAUUUUCAUAAAUUGCAGAAUUGGUGCUAAAGGAAUUCCAACAAAAAGAGCAGGAGCUGCUGCUGUUGCUGUUGGCAAUAAAAUUGUCGUACUUGGAGGUGUGUCAGUAACCCAGAAACCAUUAGAUUCAGUUGAGAUUUACGAUGUUGAAACAAACACCUGGACAGCCGGAGAGAGCAUGAGAGAAAGUCUCUUGGGAAUUCCUGCUGUGGUUUAUGAGGAUCAAGUACUUGUGACGGGUGGCAUGUCUGCGGAUGGUAACCCUCGGAACUACUUCAUGUCUUAUAAUUUGAAGACGAACAUGUGGAAGAGUUUACCCCCAAUGCCAACAGAACGUUAUGCUACGUUCGCAUUUCUCAUAGACAAUCAACUUUAUAUAACUGGUGGACGUCAAGGCAAGCUUCCUGUAGAUGCUUUUGAAAAGUAUGAUUUUUCUUCAAAGACAUGGGAAAAAUUACCGAACAUACCUUCAAAACGAGUCUUUGCACUUUAUGCAUCGAACAACACUCACAUUUUUAGUGUUGGUGGUUUGAAACAAAAAGCUGAGGAAGGUUUCUCUGACACUUUGGAAUGUUAUGAUAUUACAGAGAAUGCUUGGAUUGUUGGCCCUUCAAUGCCCACAAAAAGAGGUGACUUUGCCAUUGGAAUGGUUGAUGGUAAAUUGGUUUGUGCAGGAGGCUUUGCCCUUAUCCGUGGAGGCAUAGAUUCAAUUCAUCUCUCUCUCUCAUUGGAUGAUUGA